GGAACCCGGAGGAGGAAGAGUACUACGUUGGCCUCGACGGCAUUCCGAAUCCCGUCACGCAGCCAUGAAGUUCGGCAAGCGGAUGCGGUGUCUUGCGUCGCCCGAGUGGGAGGGCGGGUACGUGGACUACAAAGGUCUCAAGCAGCUGGUCAAGACUGGUACUGGCAGUGAUGCCGACCGGACCAUUGCGUUUCAUCAAGCCCUGCUGCGCGAGAUGUCCAAAGUGAACGCGUCCUUCUUUUGGAUCCUUGACGAUCUCACACGGCAGCACGAAGACAACAAUUCGCUGCUUACAACACUUCCCCCUUCCCCCACAUCGUCCUCGUCGAUCGUCGAGCAGCAGGAGUGGGCAGCAUCUCUCCAGUACCAACUCGAGCGAGUGCUGCAUCUGUCGAGCCGAGUUGACGCUCUUCGGCGCUUCGUCGUGAUCAACUACCUCGCCGUUGUGAAAAUCGCCAAGAAAUUUGAAAAGACUACCGCCUCGCACGCGACUCGAUCGAUCGACGUCGCUGGCGACCUCCUGCUUCAGCCAUUCUACGCCGGCAGCUACGUGGAUCACCUGUACUCGCAGACUGCCUCCGUUCUCGACAGCCUGGUCCAGGCACUCGUGGCACCCGUUCUGCUGCCGUCGCUCGACGCGUCGUGCCCCAUCUGCCUCUACCCGCACACAAGCCCCGUCACGUUGGGGUGCCACCACACGUUCUGCUGGUCAUGCCUCGCCAAAGCAGCCGCCCACCACAUCCACGCGUGCCCGCUCUGCCGCGAAGUGCAGAGCAUCGAUCCGCGCGACUACGAAAUCGAUGGGCUUGUCAAGCGUUUUGGCAACCUGUUCACGCAACUCCAAUUCGAGCUGUCGUCCCAACCGACCGAGCUGUCCGCGAUCGCCAUGCCGCGCAUGUCGUCGCCGUUUGUGUCACCGCCGUCUCCACGACCUCGGGCGGCAUCAUUGCCACCUGCUACCGCCCACGCCGUCUUGGCACAUGCAAAACAAGUUGCUGACAACCUCCUCGCCGCCGUUCGACGUCAGUACGCGAUGGCCCCUCCAUCGUCGACCACCGUUUGGUCCAGCCGACGAAACUCUGCUUCGUCGUCGUCUCCCAUGGUGCUGGACCCGUCCGAGUCGCAUCCGGCAGUCGCAAAGGAUGGCAGCACCCAAAUGGUUUGGCCCCGAGUCAUCUCGAUUGCAUCCCCUGCGGUUGCCUUGGCUUGGAUGGAUGACGUCGUCGAUCGUUCGGGCUGCCACAUGCUCGCAUUGAACGUGUACCUCAGCGGCAGCGGCGACAUUGUCGCCCAUAGCGGCGCACUUGUCCCGGCUGUCACCCAACACCAUGGCGAGGACGUUUUCCUAUCGGAAGUCUCGACCGACGAGCUAGCGCAUCGCUACAACAUUUGGACGCUCCACCACGUCCUCACACAGCUCCGGCAGACCAGCAACCCGAUGGCCAUCCUCUUGGCAGUUUGCCACGACGAUGUGAUCCCGCCCCUCAUGGCGCUGCUUGCUUCGUCAUGCCAUUGCCUGGACAACGGCGACCGCAGCGCAUUCUCGUGGACGUCCUCGAUGUUGUACCUUGCGUCGGGAAACCACUAUCAACUCUUGGCCAUGCACGGCCACCGCAGGUCUCUCCCGACGCUCUCCGAUAUGCACACCGUCGCGCUCAUGGGCCAGUCGAUUCCUCUCGGGUAUUGCAGAGAUCUGGAGCAGCUGCACGUAUCGCACGUGUGUGUGGACGCGGCGGUCGUGACGGCCGCCUUUGCCGCCGACGCCCAUCGACGUGGCCUUCGCGUGUUUGUGAGCAACGUUGACAGCGCCCGCGUCGCUUGGAAUGUGCUGGAAGACAUGGGCGGCAUCGUCGAUGGCAUGGUGUCGCAGCGCCCGGAGAUGCUCGGGACGACGCUUGUGCAGCACGCUCUGGCGCAAGACCGCCGGGGUGGUGCGUCGACUGGAGUCCUUGCCACGUUUCCCACAUCGACUGCAAUCACGGACGCAUCUCCGCGCGGAAGUUUGCAAAUGGACUCGUGCGACGGACGACGCUCGGGGGCCCUUCACCCGAACUCGUUUGGCGUCGCCGCCACAAGCUUGGACAAACGACGCGAUGACGAAGAGGCAGGGCAGCAGUCGCAUGUGUUUGCCGCCGGGGAUCCCGUUGAGAUUGCAGUCGAAGGCGCGUGGUAUGCAGGAGUUAUACUCGAAGCGCAAUCGUCGGGACGAGAAGCUGCGUCGAUGUCGUACUCGGUGCUGUGGUGGCGAAGCGACAACUCGCAGCGCCGAUCAACCAAAGUGGCCCCUGCCGCCUUGCGAGUCCCGAGUCCACAGUACCAACCGAGUUACCUAGGCCUGGGCAUCGAUGCUGCAUACGGCGCGCUCAAGGCCGCGAUCGCAUGGGCGUCCCUUCCGUUCACAACCACUUCGACCGGCUAGAUCAUGUUUCUGCGAGUCGUUUUGGGUGGUGUCCGAUGCCCGCGCGAAUCAACCUAGCGCGGGCGAGAUCGUCGCCAUAUCCAGUCACGAAGAUCGAGCCGUGCAGACGUUGUUGCGUACACAAAUUUCGUGCCGAUUGUAUUUCCAGCGCCAGUGGCUCGGUGCGUACACAGAAAUGGCUGGAACCGCAUGUGGUCGACAAAGCAACAGCGCGGAUGUUACGCGUCCUUGUGGUACACGACGUAGUCGACGAGCUUGACUUGGGACCGAUCGUCCGUGUUGAACUUUCGAUCGAAUGUUUCUUCUUCCAUGUCAAAGCGCAGAAUGUUAUCGACGCGACUCAUCUUGGGCUUCCAGUAGCUUGGCACUUUCCACUCGUAUGAUGGCGACACCUUCUCAGCUUGGGUCGCCCCGCUCCAGUCCGGGUCCCUGACUCAACCGACCACCCAUGAGACGACGGCACAUCACACGGACCAACGACACGUGUACCGAAUCCACUUGGUCGGCAUCUUGUCCACACCAAGCGCAAAGAUCUCCAAAUCCCCGUUCGACUUGAUGUGUAGCCGAAGAAAGUUUUUGUAACUCGCGACGCGCAACGCAGAAAACGCUUCAUUGUAAUGGCUGUGAAACACAUUCACGGCCAAGUACAAGUACACUCCAACGAUCACCCCCGACAACGGCGUCGCCUACCACAAGAAGCGCAAAUGACCGCACCGCGCGCACACGGUCCCACGUACCGCGACCCAAAAGUACAAAAAGACUGAACAGUAAUAUGCCAACACUUCGCUGCGCGUGAGCGAGUCGAACCCGGCUUGGCAAAUCUACACAAGCAUGCA